AUGUCGAUCAGAAUUAUCAAUGUAAGACAAAUUCUAUUGUUAUUCUAUAUUUUCAAUACAAUAGCCCAUUCCAGUGAUCCGAAGAAACCUCGUGCUCGUGAUCUUGGAAUUCCAUUUAAUGGUAUACCUGAUAGAUAUAAUUCAAUAAUCGAUGUUCAAGGUGUUGAAGUUGGUUUUAGUACAAUAAUUAAAGGUGAUUCUAUUCGAACUGGUGUAACAGCAAUAUUUCCGCGUGGAGCUAGUAAAGUUCUACAAAAUCAACCUUGUUUUGCAAAUUGGUUUAGUUUGAAUGGAAAUGGUGAAAUGACAGGAAUACAUUGGAUUACAGAAUCAGGUUUUCUUACAACACCUAUUUUAAUUACAAAUACAAAUAGUAUUGGAAUUUGUCAUGAUUCCUUAUUUAAAUGGUAUUUAACCAGAAAUGUUUCUACUCCAAUGGUCAAUAUUUUUAAUGUAAGUUUACCUGUUGUAGCUGAAACAUAUGAUGGAUUGUUAAAUGAUAUCAAUGGAUUUCAUGUAAAACAAGAACAUGUAUUUGAAGCAUUAGAUAAUUCUAAAGGAUCUGAUUCGAUUAUUCCGGAAGGAAAUGUUGGAGGUGGAACUGGAAUGAUAUCAUUUGGUUUUAAAGCUGGAACAGGAACAAGUUCAAGAUUUAUUGAAAAUUUAAAUUAUACAGUAGGAGUUUUAGUACAAUCGAAUUUUGGACGAAAGUCUCAAUUAAUUAUCGCAGGUGUUCCUGUUGGUGAAGAAAUAUUAAAAAUUGAGAAAAAUAACACAAUGGUUCCUGAUAAAGAUAUGGGAUCAAUUAUUGUCAUUAUAGCUACUGACGCUCCAUUAUUACCACAUCAAUUAAAACGUUUGACACAUAGAGCAUCACUUGGAAUAGGAAAAUUAGGUGGAAUAGGUGGUGAUUCAUCAGGUGAUAUUUUCUUAGCAUUUUCAACAGUUGAUAUUUCAGAUAAAACGUCUACAACAAAAACUGUAGAAUUUCUAUUAAAUGAUGAAAUAAAUCCAUUAUUUGAAGCAACAAUUCAAUGUGUUGAAGAAGCUAUUGUAAAUGCUAUGGUAGCAGCUGAAACUAUGAUUGGACAUAAUGGAUUUAAAGUCGAUGCUAUUUUACAUGAUACUUUAAUCAAAAUAUUAAAAAAAUAUAAUAAACUUAAUGACUAA